AUGGGGGUCAAAUGUGUCCCAAAAGUCUCCUGCAGGAUGCUAAGGGAGUUAGAAUUUAGGUGUUGUGAGGACCUCGCUCCGCUCCCAGAAGAUUUCGGGCAGCUGAAGGCAUUGGAGAGCUUAUUUCUGGUUGGGGUGGCGGGGAUCACGGACCUUCCAGAUUCGUUUGAGCAGCUGCAGCGGCUGCACUCCCUUUCCAUCUACGGCUGCUACGACCUCUCGUCUUUGCCCUCCUCCCUGCCCCACCUUUCAUCACUCACAUCUCUCCACCUCAAUGCACCGAAUCUCUUAGCACUGCCAGAUGGCUUCGGCCGCUCUUCAUGCCUCCGAGAAUUCAGUCUAUGUGAGGAAAGCUUCACACGCUUACCUGACUCCUUGACUCUCGCCACGGCCCUGCAGCAGCUCGCUCUUCACGACCUGCACUCGCUCACAUCCCUUCCUGACGACUUGGGGAACCUCACGAGCCUGCGGGAGCUUGAGAUUGAGCGAUGCAGCCAGCUGCUGCGCAUACCUGACUCGCUGUGCCGGCUGUCAUCUCUCACACGGCUGACAGUGAGAGAUUGUUGCGCACUGGCGGCACUACCACAUGUCAUGGGCGACGGCCCGCACAGCCUGCAACACCUCACUCUCGGCUGCAAUAUUCAAACAAGCCUGCCUCCAUCCUUCUUCAGGCUGACCUCCCUUGAAGAGCUGGGCAUGUUUCAGCUGCCGUGCGUGAGAGGGCCCCUGCCAGACGCCUUCAGCCGCUUCACACACCUGAGGGACCUCUCUCUCGCUGCCACGCCGCACCUCACGGCCCUCCCGCCCUCGCUGGCUGCCGUCGCCCCCACGCUCACCAGCCUGAGGGUGGAGUUCUGCCACGGCCUGGAGGAGCUAGCAGAGGAGUUUUUCGGCCAGCUGGCCAUGCUUGAGUCGCUCACGCUGUCGCACUUGAAAAGCUUAAAAUCGCUCCCGCGGUCGCUGAUGGAGCUGCCUCGGCUGCAGAAGCUAGUGGUAUGGCUCUGUAGCGAGUUGGGCAAGAGCGCUUGUGAUGUUCUGGUGGGCGGCAGCAGCGCCAGUAUCCGGAGCAAUGGUAGCGGCAGCAGCAGUUGGGAGUAG